AUGGCGCAACAUCCACUGCCAGAGGGGAUCGAAAUUCAUCCGACGGCGAUUGUAUGCCGAGAGGCGACCCUAGAAGGUGAUAUUCGUAUCGGCGCCGGGACUGUUGUGCAUCCUUUCGCAGUCAUCAAAGCCACCAAUGCGCCGAUCAUCAUCGGAGAGAACAAUAUUAUUGAGGAGCGAAGUCUUAUUGAAAAUAUUUGUGUGAGCAACGGUUGUUCGGUAGGAGUUCGAUGUAAAGUGCACGCCAAAGAAACACUUCCUGAACGAACCGUCAUUUACGGGCAGUGGAACGAGCGAAGAGUUGCAAGUGAUAACCCACCAGUCCCAGAUGGUCAACUUGAAGUACUUCGAAGACUUCUACCGUCCUAUCAUUACCUCCAAAAAUCUAGGGUAUAA